AUGCCUCAUGCAGGAAAGGGGACCGUGCACUCAAUAGCGCUAUCCUGCCUGCUUCCUCCACCUCGAGCUUCUUCAAUCCAUAUUACAGCUGUAGGUACACCAGCAGCCGUGCCGCAGUCAUCAUUAGCAGCCGACCGACUGGCUUACAAAAAUAGCCGACCCGUUCUGUCGCUGCUACAUCAGCGGGACUUUCGAUUGCUAGAAGACGUCCUUCGAAAGGUCAUUGAAACCGCCAAACUUCGCGAGCAGAUGUGCGAAAUGAUUCCCAAUAGUAAUGCGGCCUUCUGGCAACUGGAGAAGGGUACCAAAGGUUUGCCAAAGGUUUACCUUGAGCAGUCCGUUCUCAAACCUCGCAGCACCGAUGGCAACAGCAUAUACGCUCGAUCAAAGCGCGCAAGAAUUCCCAAAACCGCCAUCAAUUCCGCUCACGGACGAGUGCUUCGAGGUCUUCAAGAACUCGAAGCAGGCAACUUGACGGACUUGGAGCAGCUUCUCUCGCAUAAGAAGAUGCGAAAUGCUUGUAAAUUCUUGGCAAAGUCCCUUGUGGAGCUGGAGCUAGAUGAUCAAUCGCGCAGACAAGCGCAAAAGGAUCUGGCCUCUUUGCAAAGCAAGCUAAGGUAUCUCUGGGCUCAGGCACAUACCAGGAUCAGUACAGCCUCGGACUGGGUGCUGUUGCACCGUCAACGCGUUCAGGCAACCUCGCAAGCUCCAGGUGCAGGACUGACAGAGAGUGCGUUGCGGGACCUCGACCGCCGUCUCACCAAUUAUGUGGUGGACCAUGGUGUAGGAUUGAGCUCCGAUUCAUGGCUCGACAUCGGUACGCCGACGAUGUAA